AACAGGGGAUAAAGCUGACGACAGUUACUUCCAUAAGAGGGAAGUUAAAGAUUCAAGCUAAGGUAUUUCCACCUAAGGUAGUCAAGUAAAAAAGAAGAGCUAAAAUGGGAACGGAUUUCAGUUCCUUCUAAUCAAGAAGUAUAGAUCAAAAGAAGAAUCUUGAAAAAGCACACACAUUACAUACUCUUGAAGCAACCCAAUAUACUAGCCUUAUACAUAUACAAGGAGAGAAGCAAAAUAUUGAUAAACAAACAAGUGGUGACUAAAGGGGCAGAGGGGGUUUCCCAACCAUGGAAGAAAUGGUGGUGGAAGCUCUCCUCUUUGGUGAUAGACAAGCACAGCUCCUUGCUGCAACACAACUUCCUCAAUUUUCCAGCAAGCAAAGGCACAACAUCGCCGAAAAAGGCAUUGUUCCUCCAUUGGUUAUGAUGCUGAGUACUAAUGAUUAUGAAGUCAUUGAAGCUGCACUUUUUGCUCUGCUUAGUAUAGCAUUUCGUAGUGAAAGGAACAAGAAACUCAUAGCAAAAUCAGGGGCCAUAACAGUGUUAUUAGAUGUGCUUCAAUGCGAAAACAAAUUGUUAGUAGAGCUAGGAGUGGCAUUUCUCUUGACCCUCUCUUCUUGUGGUUCAAACAAGCUGGCAAUUGCUUCAUCUGGGGCUAUCCCACUUCUACUUGAAUUGUUAAAUUCACAAUCAUGCAACAGCAUGAGCUUACAGGCUAAUUUGGACAUCUUGUCAACACUUCACAAUCUUUCAACUUGCAAUCAGCUCAUCCCUUCCAUUGUUUCAUAUGGUGGGGUAGCUACCUUGCUUGUACUAAUAAACCUCACCUCAGAGUUGUUGAUAGAAAAAGCCGUGGCGUUGCUAGAGAAUCUUGUUUCUUCAUCAAGAAUUGCACUGGAGAAAGCAGCAGGAACAGGAGGAGCAAUCCAGUGUCUAGUGGAGGCCAUGGAGGAAGGUUCUAGACAAUGUAAAGAACAUGCAGUGGCUAUUCUGCUCCUAAUAUGCGAAAGCUGCAGAGAUAGAUACAGAGGAAUGAUCCUGAGGGAAGGAGCAAUGGCAGCACUGCUUCAGUUGAGCGUUCAUGGGACAAGGAGAGCGAGAGACAAGGCAAAAAGACUGCUUUUACUUCUAAGAGACUGUUCAAAUUGCGGCCACAUGACUAAGCAGCCGAAGAAUAUUAUGUUAUUGGAACAGAUUAUGAGACAGAUUGAGCAAGGAGUAGGAGAGCCAGAAGGGAUGUCAGUAGCUUUCUUGGAGGAAAUGAUUUCGAAACUUAGAACAUGACAUUUUCAUAUGAUAGAUGUUCAAGUGGUCCGGCCCUUCCCGGGACUUCGUGCAUAGCAAAAAAUGUAGUGCACCAAGCUGCCCUCUUUAGGUGUUCAAGUUGUGUUGAUAGUAGCCGUCCAAUUCUUUUUCACUCUGGAUUUUGGAAAGGGGUACAUGAUCAAUCUUGUAUGAUACUAUAAUAUCUGCACAUACACUUAGUUUUUAGGUAGUUUUUUGGUAGGACAUCAUUUUAUCCUACACUACAGUAUGGCAAGGGAAUGUCCAUUUCCUAUC